AUGGAUUCGCACGAGGUCAACAACGCCGCUUUGUAUAAUACCAGAAGGCGACAAGGAUCCAUUGGCGGAAGUCAGGUUCUCGACAGCAUCAUCUCUGCAUCCAACUUUGAUCGCGAGGAAGUCGACCGCUUGCGCAAGCGAUUCAUGAAAUUAGAUAAAGACAACUCGGGCACGAUCGAACGAGAAGAGUUUCUUUCGCUCCCACAGGUGUCGUCCAACCCUCUUGCUCCACGGAUGAUCGCCAUCUUCGACGAAGACGGCGGCGGCGACGUCGACUUCCAAGAAUUCGUCUCCGGACUCUCCGCAUUCAGCUCCAAGGGUAACAAGGACGAGAAACUCCACUUCGCCUUCAAAGUAUACGACAUCGACCGCGACGGCUACAUCUCCAACGGCGAGCUUUUCAUUGUUCUGAAGAUGAUGGUGGGCAGCAAUCUCAAGGAUGUGCAGUUGCAACAGAUUGUGGAUAAGACAAUUAUGGAAGCGGACAAGGAUCACGACGGAAAAAUCAGUUUUGAGGAGUUUAAGAAUAUGGUGGAGAAUACUGAUAUCAGUAUGAACAUGACGUUGAAUGAGAUAUAA